AUGGUCGAUAGAUGAUAUAUUUUUCAGAAACAUCUUCACAAAGAUAUCGUAGCGUAAAUAGAUCUUUACUUCAGUUAUGCCACGCUAAGUUAAAAAGUUUUCAAUUUCUCAAAGAAGAUUGGACCGAAAACUUACCGAUAACUUCCUCUUUGGUAGAUAAUGUGUCACUGUCAAUCUUAGCAUUUCUUAUAUAAGUGUUGAAUUGUUGAUCUUGGACCGAUAUUUUGUAUAAAGGACGCGUGAAACUAAAGAUUUCAGCAUGGCGCAUAAGAAACACAAAUGCGAUUUGGAUCUCGGCUCUGACAGCAUGUUGCCGAAGGAGACGAACAAGAUUCGGAAGUGGCUCCGCAGCAUCAGGAAGCUGGGCCAGCUGACAAAACACCACCCGAUGACCUUCGAGUACUUCCGGAGCUACUCGGCCGUGGUCGCCGAGCGACAGAGACAGCUGCUCGAGGAAGGAGGACGGGUGAUACACCCGUUUAGCUUGUUUUCUUUAAUCUGGAAUACGUUCAUGAUCGUAGUGAACCUCACUCACAUGGGCGUUUCGACGUUCCGUUUGUUCUUUAUAUUACGACAUAUUGGUAGAAUGAGAAUCCACCACAAUGACCAGGUCCUCUUGGUCGCGCAUGCUAUAUGCUUCUUAGACAUACUGGUGCGAAUGAAUACUGGAUACGCAAAGCCCAAAGAAAAAACCGUUGUGAUGGUUAAAAGUCGGAUUUUAUGCCACUACUUUCGCAGUUGGUUUCUUGUAGACUUGUUAUCGUGCAUGCCCUUUGCCUACAUCGCCUUGAGCUACCGUUGCAGACCUCAGUUUAUUCUGAUCGCACACAUGAUGGCUGUACUGCGAACCUCUAGAAUAUAUAUGGUCCACAAUAAUCUGAAGAUUUUUCUGAGGAUCUUCACGGAGUCCUACAUCGUGCACGGGCUUGUGGGGCUCGCCGUCAUCUUCUUGAUCACGGCGCACUGGUGCAGCUGCCUCAUGUACCUACCAGCUAUCUUCCAUUACUACUGGUGGGAGUACAUGUCUACUGAAUACAACUACUACCUGCGUGUUCACGGUCCCAACGACCUGCUCCUCUACAGCUGGGAAGUCCGCUACAAUAAGGCUAUUCUUAUAACACUCUCCGCAUUUUUCGGCACUGGCUUCACAAUGUUCCGUUCCAAUGAACCGGAAGAGAUUAUUAUUCAUGCGGCCAUCAUUGUGUAUGCUGCCAUGUUUAUGGUGUUUGCAUUAGUAUUUCUAAUCAAGAGCUACUUGACGCUAUUCGGUUCCUCUUUGCGGUACCAUGGGCUAAUGAACCAGGUGGAGGAGUAUAUGAAGUACAGACAGUUUCCAACCGUUCUUAAGAAACGAGUUUUCGCCUUUUACCAGUACCGAUACCAGGGACGGUACUUCAAGGAAGAGGCGGACCUCAACUGUUUGUCAGACGAGCUUCGAGAUGAGAUCAAGCUGCACACUUGUCGGACGCUUGUCAAUAAGGUGAAGUUGUUCGAGGGCGUGCCGGCCAACGUGGUGGGCACCGUGCUGGGCUGCCUGCGCCCCGAGGUGUUCCUCUCCAACGACCUGGUGGUGCGCGCCGGAGACAUCGGCGACUGCAUGUACUUCAUAGCCACCGGGACUGUCGCUGUGUACUCGCUGAAAGGCGUUGAGGUGUGUCAUUUGGAAGACGGCACUCAUUUCGGUGAGGUGGCGCUGCUCAUGAAAGACAGUAAGCGAGUGGCGACCGUCGUGGCCGUCGAGAUCACGCAGCUGUACCGCCUGGACGCUCGUGACUUUAAUAAUUUCGUCCUAUCCCACCCUACUCUGUACGGGCGCAUCGAGGCUUUAGCAUCGCGACGCAUGCACGAGACUGUCCUCCUGGAUGAUAACUUCCGCCGUGAGCGGCAGAAGCUAGCCGAACAACAGCAGACUGAUGUGGCUGACAAUAACUAGUGAUGUACAGGAUCGACGCAAAUAUUAUAAUUACCCAGAUCCCCAAUCCCGCUACUUUACAAUGGCCCGUCGAAUGAAUUGAAAUUGGAUUAUAUUUGACACUAUUCAUAAUAUAUAUAUAUAUCCUGGGGCAACUCACACACGGUUAUCUGAUCCCAAGCUAAGCAGAGCUUGUG